AUGACUGUGAUGCUGCUCACCAAGAAUGUAUUCGGCUACCUCUUCAGCGACGACGAAGCGGUUGUGGACCUCGUGAGCAAGGUCAUGCCUUUCGUCGCUUCCUUCCAGGUGAAUGUCUGCGUCAUCGGACCCGAGCCGCCGGACAUCGCGGACGCGCUCGCCGGCUCGUGCGGCGGGGUUCUUCGUGGUCAGGGACGGCAACACCUCGGCGCAAUAUUCAACCUUGUAGCGUACUACAUCCUAGCACUACCCUUGGGCAUCACUGUCGCCUUCCACCCGCGCACCCAUAUGGGACUAAAGGGCCUGUGGCUUGGGCAGGAUGUCGCCCUUUUCAUCAUCGCAUUUGGCGAGUAUGCUGUGGUGUGGCUGGGCACAGACUGGGACAAGGAGGUCCAGCGCAGCAUAGACCGGAACAAGGAGGAAGCGAAACGGCGGCGCAUGCACGAAGGGCUGGAAUACGACGAUUGGAUAACAACAGGUGCUUCCUCGCUCCUUACACUAGUCCUUUACAUUACUGUCCAUUGGCAGCAAUGGUACCAUCUCGCUCGCCGGGUCUAUGUGAUGCUCAGCGGCACGAAUGUCAACCUCCCCCAUCGAACUCUGAGAGAUAAUGUCUCCAUUUUGACAUUUGGCUCUCAAUUCUUGGGUACAACCGCCCGAGUUGGAAUACUACGGCUGUCGGACUUGCUGCCUGCGUGUUGCUACUGGAACACCCAACAGCAGACACGCUAUCAUGCCUUCGUUAGAACGCCAUGCACCCUCAUGGCUUACCCUAAGUCAAAUGAGCCAUCCUCGGCUGCCUUCCUAUUCCAUAUUCCGGAAGUGCUGCUGAGCAACGUGCUGGGCAUUCGUCACGGCCAAGUCGAAGAAACGUGGGUUCGCAGAUCGAUCAUGACGAAGCACCGGUGGCAGCCUCAUUCCCAGUGCGUCGUGUGUGCCGUCGCUCUUGAAGCGGCCAAUGUGCGCCUCGCGACGUGCACAUUUGCUUCCUGUCGACGGCUGACGCAGGCCUCGCCCUUCUCUUCGCCGGACAGUGUCAAGACGCUGGAUCAAGCGCGUGGUCGAUGGCAGCGCCGGUUUUUCUGCACUGACGUGACGGCACACAAUCUUAUCCCGUACAAUGCCCGGCUGGGCGGAGUGUGUCCGUGCGCUAGCGAAGCCAAAGUCGGGAACGCCCACCAAGUGCGCGCCUGCCUCACUUCCAAUUCCCUGUGGGACUUCGGGACGGUCUACCAUGGAAUUCCGGCUCGACCCGAGCGUUCUUCUCUCUUCAGGACCGAGGCUCUUCGUGGACGUCCCUUCGCUAGGCGCCUCUCAGGCGCAUUCACUCUGGAGUCUGCUGCCGCCGCUUCGACGCUUCCUGAUCGUCCACCACCGCUGCUCCGACGCGUCUCGCGUGUACCCGUGUCAUGCACCGUGGGCCCCGGUUCUGCGGAACGCUUCCACGCGCAGCCCGGCAGCGAGAAAUGCGCAUUCGACGCCAGCAAGCUCGGGCCGGGGCCGGGCGGCAUGUGUCGGCGACGGCGUCCGUGCAUCCUGGCCGCUGUGUCCUGCACAGCGCGCGGCUCGAACGUGGAGCGGUGCCCAAUGGGGAGGGCGCGGCCGAUAGUGUCUCCCGUGCUUUGCGUGUCACGGGUCGAGGGCCCGCGGGGCCGCUGCACGCGGGUGACGGCACCCGGGGGUCUGGUUCUUGCGAGAACGCGACAGGGUGAGAUGUGCGGUGUAAGAUGCGGAGCUGGGGCGAACCGGCCGCACAGAGUCCACGCUCGCAAGAACAUCGGGUGGCCGCGUGCGGACGCGCUACACUGUACGACAUCGGAGAGCCUGGAGGACGGGUGCGAGGUGCCGUCUCGUAGCCCGCCGACGGGUGUGCCUGAGUUGGCGCGGCGUCCGAUUGGCCAGCGGCAGGCUAACGGGUUACGGGGUCCGGUGACCUGA